UGAAAACUGAAGUGGCAGUGGCAACAGCGUGACGCAGUUGAAUUUUGGUCCGUAAAUGGUUCUAUGAUAUUAACUUUCAUCAAACCUCACUCAAACAAAACUUCACUAAAACCAGUAAUCAAAUUUUGCAAAUUCAUCUUCUUUCUCACUCUUCAAUUUUCAACUUUGUUUCUUUCUUCAGUACAAAUUCACUCACUCUUCGUUGUUCCCUCAUUGUUCUAACCUGUCUCUGUUGCUUCUUAGAACAAGAAGAAUCAACAUCCCUUUCCUUCUAGCUAAUUCCUUUGAAUCCCCAUUGCUAAGAAAUCUAUAACAACCACUUUCCUUUGUGACGUCUUAACCUUCUUCUGUUGACCAAAUUUGACUUCUUUAUAAUACUUAUUUUACUUGUUUAUUGUUGCACCACCUUCAUCUUCUCAUUAAAAAUGGGUAUUUUGAAAUGGGUAUUUUUAGGGUUUCUAUAUGCUGCUUUUAUCUUUACAAUUGAUGCUGUGGAGCUUCAUAGGAAUCAGCCUACUGAAAGAAUUUCAGGUAGCGCUGGCGAUGUAUUGGAAGAUGAUCCAGUCGGAAGGUUGAAGGUUUUUGUUUAUGAACUUCCAAGUAAAUAUAAUAAGAAAAUUCUGCAAAAGGACCCAAGAUGCCUCACCCAUAUGUUUGCUGCUGAGAUCUUUAUGCACCGUUUUCUCUUAUCUAGCGCUGUCCGAACCCUUAAUCCCGAGGAUGCUGAUUGGUUUUAUACUCCUGUCUACACAACCUGUGACUUGACACCAAAUGGCCUCCCUUUACCCUUUAAAUCACCACGAAUGAUGAGGAGUGCCAUACAGCUUAUUUCUUCAAACUGGCCUUAUUGGAACCGAACAGAGGGGGCAGAUCAUUUCUUUGUGGUUCCUCACGACUUUGGGGCAUGUUUUCAUUACCAAGAAGAGAAGGCAAUUGAAAGAGGGAUUCUUCCACUGCUACGGCGUGCAACUUUGGUUCAAACAUUUGGACAGAGAAAUCAUGUGUGCUUGAAAGAGGGCUCAAUUACCAUUCCUCCAUAUGCUCCACCACAGAAAAUGCAUUCCCACCUAAUUCCUGAUAAGACUCCCAGGUCCAUUUUUGUAUACUUCAGAGGACUGUUUUAUGAUGUUGGAAAUGACCCUGAAGGUGGAUACUAUGCAAGAGGUGCAAGAGCAGCAGUAUGGGAGAACUUUAAGGACAAUCCACUAUUUGACAUUUCCACCGAGCAUCCAACCACAUAUUACGAGGACAUGCAACGAGCCGUGUUUUGUCUAUGCCCGCUUGGAUGGGCCCCUUGGAGCCCAAGAUUGGUUGAAGCUGUGGUAUUUGGUUGCAUCCCGGUUAUUAUUGCAGAUGAUAUUGUUCUGCCGUUUGCCGAUGCAAUACCGUGGGAAGAAAUCGGGGUGUUUGUUGAUGAGCAGGAUGUUCCUAAGUUGGAUACCAUACUCACAUCAAUCCCACCGGAAGUUAUAUUAAGGAAACAAAGAUUGCUUGCCAACCCUUCUAUGAAGCAAGCAAUGCUAUUCCCUCAUCCUGCUCAAUCCGGCGACGCUUUCCAUCAAGUUUUAAAUGGACUUGCGCGUAAGCUGCCGCAUGACAGAAGUAUAUUCUUGAAAACAGGAGAGAAGAGCUUGAAUUGGACUGCCGGCCCUGUUGGUGACCUUAAACCUUGGUAACUGAGGUGAUUAGGAUUCUUUAUAUGUCUUGGUCAACCCUCUCCCUAAGUGUUCAUAAAUAAGGCUUGGUAACUGAAGUGUCUAUUUUUCUGUUGACAUUGUAAAUUUUGAUAUUUUGGCAGACAAUUCCUUAGAUACUAUAAUCUAAUUUGCAACAUGAUUGCUCUCAUAGCAUACCAAAUCGUUCCCUGUUUUAGUAGGAGUACUUGUUCAAAAUCAUAAUGGCAGCAAUGCAUGUUCAUUAUUAAUUGUAAACAAAUUUAAUGAUUUUUUUUUGAA